UAAGUUUCGUUUCUCCGCUGCCACCGCCCACUAAGUCAGUUGUUUGUCGUCAGUGAUCGCGGCUCCCUCGACGUCUCACAAUGGCGGAAAAUAUGUCUCUACUUGGUCUCGAAGACGAGUUGACAUGCAGCAUUUGUUUAUGUCUUUUCGAGAACCCGGUGAGUUUAAUUUGUGGACACAGUUUCUGCGCCAGCUGUCUCGAAGCGACAUGGAAAGACAGGAUAUCACCACUGUCCUGCCCUCAUUGCCGAAUGGCUUUCAGCAGUAAACCAGAACUCAAGAAGAACACCGUCCUCAGCGCGGUGCUGGAUGCCUAUAGAAUAAAAGCGGGCGUCCCUGAACCUCUUAAGGAACCAUUUGAGGUGAAAAAGAACGAUCCAGAUGAAAUAAAAUGUGACAGCUGCAUGGAAGCCAAAGCGGUCAAAACUUGUUUGACUUGUAUGGCGUCGUAUUGUGAGGAUCAUGUCAGGCCUCACCGGGAGAAUGCUAUUUUCCGGGCGCAUCAGCUGUCUGACCCGCUGCCGGAUCUGAUGGAGCGUCUCUGUUCCGAUCAUGGCAAACUGAUGGAGUUCUACUGCGUUCAGCACCAGAGCUGCAUCUGCAGCAACUGUCUGCAGUGCGUUCAUAAAGGCUGUGAGUUCAUCACCGCAGAUGACCGGCGCUUUAAACAAAAGACUGACCUGACUGACAAGCUCAACAUCCUUGAAGACAAAACUGACAAGAAUCAGCAGGUUAUCACACAGAUGAAGGAGCAACAAACCAAAUUAAAAGAAUUAGCUACAACCCGCAAACGUAUUCUUGAGGUAGAAUACAGGCAGAUCAGAGAAGCGAUCGACCGUGAUGAGAAAGAGGCAAUGUUUGCUAUUGAUAAGGAACAGGAGAAAGGUCAGAGCAAACUGGUCUCCUUGAUGAAGAAAUUUAAUGAGAACAUCGAGAAGAUGAAUAGGACCAAAUCUGAGAUCAACAUACUGUUGGACCAGUCGCAAUCCCUCACAUUCUUAAAGGCCUCUGUGGAUUUGCCCUCAGUGGUAAAUUUUGAGCCCUAUAACCCUCGCAUGACUGUGGAAAGUAAAGAGGUGAUAGCUUACCAUUCCUCUGCAGUUGCACUGAAGGAAUGGAUCACCAAAUUAAUGGAGCAGCCAACAGAGAACAGAAUCUUUGUACUUAAACCAGGAAACCAAUUCCCUCCACUCCUGCAAAAUCCACUCCUGCCACAUCCAAGAGAGUAUCCAAGAGAUCUUGCUGUGAGCCAAGAGAUGUCACGUAUGAGUUCUCCCAGCCCAGCCUGCACUCCCAAAACCAAGGCUCUAGGAGCUAAACAGAAAAACAAGAUUCCUAAUAAAGAGCUUAAAGAUCACAAAGAACGUAAAGACCAGAAGUCAAACAGAUCCAGGAAUCCCCCUAAAGGAAUAAAUCCUGGUUUCUCCAAAAGCAUGGAGAACUUGCUUGACUUCACACCUAAAACUGUAGACAUACUUGACAUAUCUCAACCUCUUAGUUCACCAGCUGCGCAAAACUUUGUUAAAAGGAGUGAACUUCUGAAAUAUGGCACUAUCCUCAAUUUUGAUGUCAGAACAGCUCACAAGCGAAUUUCCCUGUCUGAAAACAACACCAAAGCGACAGUCUCGGAUGACCCUGCUAACUAUCCAGAUAUUCCCCUUCGCUUUUCUGUCUGUUCCCAGGUGCUCUGCACAAAGGGUUUCUCUCAGGGCCGUCAUUACUGGGAGAUCAAAAUGAGCAGUAACAACUUCUGUGGAUUGGGCCUUGCAUACGGAAGAAUUGACCGCAAGGGUCCUGCUAGCCGCCUGGGGCGUAAUGCAGAAUCCUGGUGUGUGGAGUGGUUUAACGUGAAGCUUUCCGCAUGGCACAACAGCAUCGAGACGGUGUUGGCAAAUCCCAACCCAAGCCGUGUGGGUGUCCUGCUGGACUGCGAUCAGGGAAGCGCAACUCUCUAUAAUGUGCAGGACCGGUCCUUCCCCUUCCACACCUUCGUCUUCCCUUUCACUGAGGCUGUUUAUCCAGCUUUCUGGAUCUUCUCAAAUGGUUCUUCUGUGUCUCUGUGCAAGCUCAGCAACUGAAACUGUAUGAGGUGAACUGUUAUACAUUGUUAUUAAUUGAUGUUUCGUCCAUCUUUGGGACACAAAG